AUGACAGACAGAAAUUUCUCAUCGAUCCCUCUCCUUGACUAUUCUCUCGCCCUCUCAAGCUCUACCAAGUCACAAUUUAUCACUGAUCUCCGACAUGCUCUCAUAGACGUCGGCUUUCUCUAUCUCUCAAAUACCGAUUCCAUGGUAGAUCCACAACUCAUCGACACCUUGAAAGACUAUAUUCCGAAAUUGUUCGCGCUGCCACAAGAAGAAAAGGACAAAAUUCGGAUGGCAAAUUCGCCCCAUUUCCUUGGGUAUUCGAGGCUAGGGGCUGAACUGACAAAGGGAAAGACAGAUAACAGAGAACAAUUUGACAUCGCCACCGAGCAUGUAUCAAGAUGGAAGUCAGGAGAUCCUGAUUACUGGAAUGUUUGGGGUCCUUCUCAGUAUCCUGAUGAAGCACUUAUUCCUGGUUUUCAGCAAACCAUGAAGACUUAUUUGUCCCAGGUGGCAGCAUUAGGCACCCACUUCAUCACUCUCAUCGCGGAAGCGCUAGGUCUCCCGCCGGAAGGUUUAUCGCGUUUUUACGACACGCCAGAUCGCAUGCAGCACCGUGGCAAGGUCGUCCAAUAUCCUAGUCCAAGUGAACGCUCUCAAUCAGACCAGGGUGUUGGUCCACAUUACGAUGCAGGAUUUUUGACAAUUCUUCUUCAAGCGUCUCCGCAUCCUGGUCUUCAAGUUCAAAAUCUCAGUGGCGACUGGAUCGAUGCCCCUCCAAUUCUUGGAACCUUUGUUAGUACAGCCCUAGAAUUCGCCACCAAGGGAAUUGCGCGUGCAACGUCUCAUCGUGUACUUUCGCCACCUGUUGGUUCCUUGAGUCCGAGGUAUAGCGUACCGUUAUUCCACAAUAUCGCAGUGGACGUCAGGGUGAGAGAUUCAAAGUAUGAAUUGGAAUUCCCACCAGAAAUCUUGAAGCUUCGGGACGAACGAGGGAAUCUUUCUCAAACCGACUCUAUCAACUAUUCCGAAUUCGAGAGUCAGCCUUCGGGCAUGGUGCAGCUGAUGGGUCGGGUGAAGAGUCAUCCAGAUGUAGCACAGCGACAUUACCCAGCGCUAUUCAAACAAUUUUUCCCUGAUGGACUGCCGAAGCAAGGUUUUGCUUACUGA